CUUCUAUCGUCUAUGUUCUGGAUAUUGACGAAAGAUGGGUAAGGUUACUCGAGUAUUGAUGCAAAAUAGAUGCAAUUUUCAAAUCUUCAAACAAAUUCGGUAGUUGCACAUUGACUCAAUACGGACGACGUCAAACACGCUCGAAGAUUUGAUACACAAGCACAUUGCAUUUUGCUGCGCCAGCUGUGCUCCACGGGGCUCCAUCAACACAAGACACGAACAAAUAUUGAGACAAAGAUAAGAUAAGCAAGUAAGCUUAUGGUGAUACAACGAAAAACGAAUGUAAGGUCUUACAAUUGAGGGGUAACGAGAAAUGAGGUGUAGCGGAUCCUCAUCGUAUACCGCAUAUAUAUAGUGAUAUUUCCCGGCCGAGUAGGAUGAAGGCAUCUUACCGAUUUUAUUUACAUUUCACAUUUAACUUACUCGUCGAGCCCCAAUCGAAUCAUCUGGAAUUUUGGAUAGUUUAUAUUCGUGUUCAAAAUGGCGUCGCAAGAAAUAGAUAAUAGAAUGGACUUUGUGGUAAGAUUGAACUUAUACGAUGCUCAUCACGUUUAUUACAAGAUAUUCCUUUUAACAACCUCCUAGACCUUUCAAAACACAAUCGACGGAAAACUAUGCAACACAACACAAACUCGACAAAGCAUCAAUCCCGCCACCGGCGAAGCUAAUCCUCCCGUUCCACUCUCCACCAAGAAAGAACUAGACGAAUCAGUUCACGCCGCGAAGAAAGCCCAAAAAUCCUGGUCUCGUACCACUAUCACAGAACGUCGCGACCUCCUCCUAGAAUUCGCUGAUGCCUACGCAACAUACGAGUCCGAAUUUGUCAAUUUACUCAUAUCCGAACAGGGAAAAGCGAAAUUUCUAGCCCAUGAUGAGUUUGCUAGGAGUUUAGCUAUGAUUCGAGAAACUACUGAACUUUUGCUUACCGAGGAAGUCGUUGCGGAGACUGAUACUAUGAUUGCGAGUGUGAGAUAUGUUCCCAUUGGAGUAGGUUGUGGAAUGGUACCUUGGAAUUAUCCAAUCCUGCUUGCGAUGGGAAAAUUAGUUCCGGCGGUAUGGGCUGGAAAUGCGAUUAUUAUCAAACCUAGUCCCGAUACGCCCUAUUGCGCGCUCAAGAUUGUCGAAUUGGCAAAUAGAUUUCUUCCUCCCGGAGUAGUGCAGGCGUUGAGUGGUGGUCAUGAAUUCGGUCCUUUGUGUACGCUUCAUCCUGGUAUUGAUAAAAUUGCGUUCACUGGGAGUAUUGAAACGGGGAAGAAGGUAAUGGAGAGUUGUGCUAAAACUUUAAAGCGGGUUACGUUGGAAUUGGGUGGGAAUGAUUCGUGUAUUGUUUGUGAGGAUGUGGAUAUUGAGAAUGUGGUUCCACAGGUAUGUUCUUUGAGAUCGUUUCCUGAUUAUGACUUGUCCUCGCCGUUUAAGCAUCUAGAGCCGGGUAUUGAUACCUAUUUGAAAUCCUGGUUUUCAAACAAGUAAAAAUAUAACGGACGUGGAGAAAAUGAGAAAAUGGGGUCCUGCUAACCCAUUUUGAAUACUCCAUACUAAGCUGAUCAAUACAUCAACAGAUCGCCCAACUCGCAUUAAUGAACUCAGGUCAAAUUUGCAUGGACAUAAAACGCCUCUACGUCCACGCCGACAUCUAUGAUCAAUUCCUCUCAGCACUCGUAUCUCAGGUCUCCAAACUGAAAGUAGGACCAGGAGCCGAUCCCACAAGCUGGGUAGGACCACUACAAAACAAAGCACAACUAAACAACGUACAAACUUUCUAUGACGACAUCGAAAAGAACGGACUAAAAGUCGCUUAUGGCGGUUCAAACGACAGCAUCAAAAUGAACGAUACGCUAAAUAAAGGAUAUUUCGCCAAUCCAACUAUCAUCGAUAAUCCACCCGAGAGCGAAAGAAUCGUACAACUCGAACCCUUUGGUCCUAUUUUCCCAAUUCUUAAAUGGAGCGGUGAGGAUGAGGAUAUCGUUGACAGGGUAAAUGAUACGAUUACAGGUUUAGGAGCUUCAGUAUGGAGUAAAGAUAUCGCAAGAGCUGAGAAGAUGGCGAGGGGAUUACAGGCUGGUAGUGUGUGGGUGAAUACUCAUUUUUAUCUAAGUGCCAAGGUUCCCUAUGGUGGGUUUAAGAAUAGUGGGAUUGGGAUGGCGUGGGGUUUGGUUGGGUUGAAACAUUGGUGUAAUGUGCAGAGUGUUUGGUUGCCGAGGGAAAAGUCGAAGAUUUGAGGAUUGGGGGUUUGGGAUGUAAUAAGGGACGGAUGAUUAGGAUAUCAAAAGUAUUAUUCUGGAGCUGGGUAUGCUUGUCUGUCCAACUGUUCAUCUCUGUCACAAUGCAGCGCUAUCUACUAAACCAGAUCUCAGGUAUGAAAAUCUUUUCCCCCUCCCUUAAUACAUCAUUAUCCCCUCGUUUCCCCAUACCAAACUCUAUCCCGUAUGCCGUAUUUACAUUUCUAUGGUAGAUAAAAUUUAUAUCCAUACC